AUGGCAAAUGAACAAAAGGUUCCAGAAGUAGCGGCUUCGCUAAAUCAUGCUGCAGAUAUGAGGCUGGAUCCGAUCUCAAUACCCAUAUUCGAUGGAUCACCAGCGAACUGGUUGGUCUUCAAAGAUAUGUUUGAGACCCUGGUUCAUAAUCGCACAGACCUAGAUCCAACAUACAAGCUUGGCAAGCUCCGCCAGUACGUGAAAUCAGAUAACGUUCCUCUAAUAGGCGGCUUGUAUACGGGCGGAUACGAAGAGGUCUGGGCAGCACUUAGGCGUCGCUUCGAUAACCCGCGCAUACUGUCGGAAACGCAUGUCCAACGCUUACUCGACUUGCCCAACCAGCCGCAUGAGUCGCAGAAGGUGUUAUGCCAUAUUGUUGAUUGCGUGCGCAAUUCAUUUAGAGCAUUAGCAGUGAUGGGGGUACCAGUGUCAUACUGGGAUGCCAUAGCGGUACCGAUUAUUUUGCCCAAGCUGCCCAUUUCAACUCGUACCGAAUGGGGGAUGAGCUUAACAACAAACGAUAUACCCAAACUGGAACACUUAUUGGUUUUCCUUGAGCGUCGCGCUAACAACUUGCCUGCUACAAUAACCUCAAAUUCCGCUGCCUCAAUUGCAAGGCCCUCGUCAAGAGCGGUAAGAGCGCACAUUGCUACUACAACAGUGCAGUCCACCCAAGCACCUUCAGGCCAGCAACGCGCCGUCGCCUGUGUUCAAUGCGCUGAUCCUCAUCGCCUGAUAAAGUGCCCCCGAUUUCGGAAUCUCUCGGUAGAGGAGCGGUGGAGCAAGGUGAGAGGAUGGUCGCUUUGCUUUAAUUGCCUAAGAGCCGGCCAUGGCACCCGCGAUUGUCCGUCGGGUGUAUGCACGAAGUGUCAGCAGAAGCAUAACACUCUUCUAUGCCGUAAAUGUGAGACUACUACACCAGUAGCGGAACCUGAUAACGCAUCAGCCGCACAGCCACCAGCGAUGCGCCGCAUCAACGAGACUCAAGUCAUGGCGCCGCAGGUUUACACCCGACAGCAAUGA